AUGUGUCCAACAUUAGAAGGGGCACCGGUUAGGCCAUAUACUGUGUAUGCCGAAGAGCGUGCUGUUUUCUAUACCCGAUUCAGAGCAGCGGAAGCAGGGAGGUGGCCAACCCUUGACCUGGUGGAGAUCACAAAACGCUCGGUUGCUGUAGGUGGUGAUCGUCUUCCAAGAAUGGGAUGGCGCGAUCCCCACUGCGCCUGGUUGGAGACGCUGCAAGAUAUGACUGCUUAUCGACGUUGUUUGAAUGACCAUCUGGAGGGGUGUGCACCUCAGAAUGAUCGUAGUGCCAUUUUUACCUUCUUCGCUGUACAAGGUCACACAAACACCAUGCUUUUCGAAAUGACUGUGCACUUUUCAGGUCUUGUUGGCAUUGAUGCAGAGAGUGCCAAACGUGAAGCUGGUUUAGUUGAACUGGAUCUAUUGAAGUGUCGGCUAAGGGCAGCCAAGGCUGAUGUCGAAGAACUACGUGCAAGGCUCGAGCAACUUUCUGACCAACGUUCUCUGGUUGAAGAUAUGCUGGAACAUGUUGCUUGUGGUCGGGCUGCCAUCAGUGAACGAAUUUCCACGGUGUCGCGCGCGACAAGUCGUAUUGGGUCGUACAUGAUGAAGCUUGACAGGGCUAUAUCAUUUCGUAUCUCUCAGCUGAUCCACCAAUUGGUUGAGAUCUUUGGCACUGAGCUGGGAGCACGUGAUCCAAAAAACACAGUCCCACCGGACACUAUGACAGAAGAUGUGGCCCGCCCAAUUACAUUUGUCCCGCUCAGCCCGUCUCACCUCAAUCUGGACUACCCUAACUCAGCUACCGUCAGGCAACACACAACAGAGCCCAUCACUACCGAUCAUUCAUUGUCAACGAACCAGACAGUUAACGUUAUCGCUAAUGGUUCGGGCACCAAGUCUGUUAACCCCGUUGAAUCAGAUUUCGUCCUGGCAGCUUCCAAACUGGGCGUGAUAGCGCAGUUGUUACGUUUUGUCGCCGCGGUUUUUAGUCAUCCAUUGCGCCAUCCCCUUGAUCUUACGGAAGGCACUUCGCGCGCCAAAGUGACUGAUUACUUAGCUCAGGAGCUGGUUGAAGGAGAGCCAAACUUCCCACUGUACCUGUCACGUAGCUCUCUCCUUCCGGCAUACAAACAUGCUGUGUCUCUUCUGAAUCGCGAUCUGGCCGAUUUAAGAGCGUCUGCUGGACUGUCAACUUCAGUUGAAGAGACAACGACUUGGAAUCUGUGUACCUUUCUACAACAUUGUCUCUCAGAGAACGUUUGUUUGAAGCCUUGACUAUUGCGACGCGUGGUUUCUACCAAUACUUGAUCAAUAUCUGACCCUUCCUUACAUCCCUCGGUGAUUUCAUUCCGAAUCGAUGACUCUGCAGCUAUUUUCAUUGUUUCUGUAUGUUCCCUACUUGAAAUUUCCACGUUUUUGUCGGAAGCUUUUGUUUCGCAAUUUCAUCUGAGUGGAUGGAUGUGUUAUUCUCAGGCGAAGCUGUUUCGUGCUUUCUCUGUGAUCUAAAUAUUAGAUGUUGCGAGUGGCA